UGCGUUAACAUUUUCACUGAGAAAUAUUUCAGGAAUGAUUUAAGCAACAUGCCGUCUCAAGGUAAACCGGUCAACAAGCUCAUUAUCGUACCGAGUGUGGAGAAGAAUGCUGGUACAGCGUGCUGUGAUAAUACAGUUUUGAACGUAUUCCCGGUAGAAAUUACUACGUGAAUUCGAACUAGCAUGUCAUUUUUGAAGAGUGGUUAGACUCGCAAUCAGUGAAUAAAUCAGUGAUGGUCGCAGAAAAAGAAUUGUCGAAAAAUGACGAACAAUCAAACUUCCUGCACAGUUUGUUGACCGAUGGAGCGAUCACGCCAGUUGAUAGCGAUGUGGAUUCUUAUGAACUGGAGCUACCACCGUGGUACGACGAUGGCAAAUUCAAGAGAGCGCAGAGCUAUUUCAAGCGCAAUUUCUUUGCCAUGUUUGUUGCCAAAAUGUGCGGUUUGUUGGUGAUAUUGGCCGUUCCUAGCAUUCUGGAUGUUCUCAUAUAUACCAAUCAGUCGUCUACGGCCGUCACCGCAUACCGUCGGUACGUGGCGACCAUCAUGCAUGUGCUUAAUUGGUACUACGAAGAUCUGGUGCCGAAUUCUGCCUCCUGGAAAUCGAUUGCCUACGUUCGGAGAAUGCAUGCUUCCACCAGCAAAAGAAGUCAUUCGAAAUUAUCGGGACGAAUCAUCUCGCAAAAAGAUAUGGCCGUGACGCAGUUCGGUUUCGUGGGAUACAUCGUUUUAGGCUACAAAAAUUUAGGAAUUGUUUAUCAAACCGAAGAUAUGGAAGCUAUGAUACAUUUUUGGCGUGUCAUCGGUUAUAUGAUUGGGAUUCAAGAUCGCUACAAUUUAUGUACGGAUCGCUUGAGCACCACUGAGCAACGUAUGACUCAAGUUCAAGAACAAAUUCUGAGACCAGCUUUAGUCUCUAGAAAGGAAAAUUUCGAGAAGAUGGGAAAUGCCCUGGUCAAUGGAUUAUGGUGCUUCAACCCUUUUCUGGAUUACGAUGCUUUUGUUUUUCUCACGUCGCGUUUAACAGACGUCCCCGGCUAUCAUUAUUGGGCAGAAGAACAUCCCUCGCCGGGUUGUGAAACGGUGUACGUAAAGUUCACCAGAUAUAGUCGAUUUAUACUGUAUUUUCUGUUACUCGUGCAUGAGACACUACUCAGGUUUAUUGUGUUUAGAUGGUACUUCAAUAGUCAGAUGGUACUUUCAAGAUUUCUGAUAACCUAUUUCCCAUUUUUGGCUAUCUUCAAGUUCGGUGUACGAGAUGCCUAUGUUAGAAUAUUAAAAUAAUCAAUUGCAUUAGCAUAGUCUCUGUUAAACAAUGUAUAAUGAUCUGUCCAGUUAUUUUAAAUUUAUAUGCGUUCAAGGGUUACUUUGCUGCUUAACGGCUAAGUAGAGAUUGAACAAAUGAUAGAGCGCCUGAAUAUAGCCUGCCUGGUCACUGCCUUGCUGCACAGGGAUAUCAAA